AUGGCGCUCGACUUCGACUCCAAAGAUCGCUCCGGCUUUCGUCUCCCUCAUCCUCCUCCGCUUUUGCAUACCCGCUCCGGAAAUGAGGCUUACGAUCGCCCCUCAACGCCCCGCGAAGAUGGAUUCACCAGUCCUAUCCAGACACCGCAAGGAAGCCCAAGCAAGAAUCGCAUGCCUCCUGGAGCUUUCGAUCUCCCGAAUGUUUUCGACAAGGCGCUGAAACUGCAACCCUCUUCUCCGACUAAAAAUACCCACAACCACUUCAACCAUCCUAUGUUCUCCAAGUCCAACCAAAGUGGCGAGUCACUCAAUGAGAGUGUCAUUCGCCCAGCGAGCCCAACCCGCAAAUCAAACAAGGAAAACACCCCUCCAAAUUCAGGUCGCCUAGGGAAGGACCUCGGACCCAAUCCUGCUGCCGCGGCGCUUUCUCGUCAAGAGCAAUACCAGUCUAAGGACCUGGAAAGCGUUCAAAGGCGCCAGGUGCCGAUGCGGGGCUUGACCCCAGAGGAACUCGAAAAGCUUCAGGAUCCUCGAGUUAAACGACUGGUCAAUGUGACCCAACUUUAUUUCCUCGAUCACUACUUUGAUCUACUCAGCUACGUUCACAACCGCCAAACCCGCCAUUCCCAGUUUCGUGCCGCGAACCCUGAACCCCCCGCAAGUCCGGUGGAAGAGUACGAGCCCGCCCUGUCGAAAUAUUUGGGUCGGGAGCGGGCCCACCUCCGCAAGCGUCGUACCAGACUUAGACAGGGUGAUUUCCAGAUUUUGACUCAAGUUGGUCAGGGUGGGUACGGACAGGUAUAUUUAGCAUCGAAGAAAGACACAAAAGAGGUGUGCGCCCUGAAAGUCAUGAGCAAGAAGUUGCUGUUCAAGUUGGACGAGAUUCGGCAUAUUCUCACUGAGCGCGACAUAUUGACAGCGGCCAAGAGCGAUUGGCUCGUGAAACUACUGUAUGCUUUCCAAGAUGACACUCAGAUCUACCUUGCGAUGGAAUUUGUGCCGGGGGGUGAUUUCCGAACGCUGCUAAACAACACUGGUGUGCUGCACAACCGACACGCUCGAUUCUACGUUGCGGAAAUGUUCUGCUGCAUCGAUGCGCUGCACGCCCUCGGGUAUAUUCAUCGUGAUCUGAAGCCCGAAAACUUCCUCAUUGACUCGACUGGACAUGUCAAAUUGACCGACUUCGGUCUUGCAGCGGGUAUGUUAAAUCCCGGCAAGAUUGAAUCCAUGCGAGUGAAAUUGGAAGAAGUUGGCAAAACUCCAGUGCCAUUUGGCCGCCCGAUGGAACAGCGUACGAUGGCCGAGCGUCGCCAAGGGUAUCGCAGUUUGCGGGAACGCCAGGUAAACUACGCAAAGUCUAUCGUCGGAUCGCCCGACUACAUGGCACCCGAAGUGCUCAAGGGUGAUCAAUACGAUUUCACCGUCGACUACUGGAGUUUGGGAUGUAUGCUUUUUGAAGCCUUAGCGGGCUACCCACCAUUUGCUGGUGCAACAGUGGAUGAAACCUGGCAGAACCUCAAGAACUGGAAAAAGGUGCUCCGGAAGCCUGUGUACGAAGAUCCGAACUACUUUUUAUCCAAACGAACAUGGGACUUGAUCACGAGAUUGGUGGCAUCAAAAGAUUACCGAUUUAAGAACAUUCACGAAAUUCAUGAACACGAAUACUUCCACGAAGUUGAUUUCACUCACCUGCGCGAGCAGCGCCCGCCAUUUGUGCCCGAGCUGGAUUCGGAAACGGACGCUGGCUACUUCGACGACUUUGGCAACGAGGCCGACAUGGCUAAAUACAAGGAAGUGCACGACAAGCAGCGUGCCUUGGAGGAAAUGGCAGAACGUGACGACAAGAUGAGCAAGGGAUUGUUUGUAGGAUUCACAUUCAGACAUCGCAAGCCUAACAUUGAAGGGACUGGCCGUCUUUCUCCUCGCAAACCCAUUGCGACGGAUGGAACCUUUGGCACGAUGUUCUAA